AUGCCUGCAGGGCCGAGUUCUGAGAACUCUGGGGACACAGUUCCAGACAGUCAGCAGCAACGGCAGCAGGAAGCCCGAGAAAACAGCCGGAGAACUCCCCUGCCCGCCACCAAGGGCCUCGUCAUCCUGACCCGACCCCUGCCUGCUUGGCUCCCUGGGACACAGGCGACUGACCUCAGGGGCCUGUGUGAAUGGCCAAGGCUGCAGAGGGACGGCGUGUACCGCUGGUUCUCCGAGCUGCCGUCGCCGCAGCGCGUGGAGUUCCUGUGCGGCCUGCUGGACCUGUGCAUCCCGCUCGAGCUGCGCUUCCUCGGCUCGUGCCUCGAGGACCUGGCCCGCAAGGACUACCACUCGCUGCGCGACUCGGAGAUCAAGGCCAACAACCCGGCCGACCUGGGCAGCCUCACCAACCUGACGGACGAGGUGGUGCGCAGCAAGCUGCUGGUGUCGCUGGCGCUGCUGGGCUCGGAGCAGCGCGAGGCGGCAGGCGUGCUCUACCGCACGCUCACGCACAUCGACUCCAUCAUCCACAACUACGGGCUGCAGCUCAACGAGGGCCGCACGGGCGAUGAGUUCCUGCUGCUCUUCACCAUGGCCUCCAACCACCCGGCCUUCAGCUUCCACCAGAAGCAGGUGCUGCGCCAGGAGCUCACGCAGAUCCAGAGCAGCCUGAGCGGCGUGGGGCGCAGCAAGCUGCUGGUGUCGCUGGCGCUGCUGGGCUCGGAGCAGCGCGAGGCGGCAGGCGUGCUCUACCGCACGCUCACGCACAUCGACUCCAUCAUCCACAACUACGGGCUGCAGCUCAACGAGGGCCGCACGGGCGAUGAGUUCCUGCUGCUCUUCACCAUGGCCUCCAACCACCCGGCCUUCAGCUUCCACCAGAAGCAGGUGCUGCGCCAGGAGCUCACGCAGAUCCAGAGCAGCCUGAGCUGCGGUGGCGGCGGCGGCCACGGGUCUCUUCAAGAGCCGAGGCUCCCGCCAGCAGUGGCAGUAACAGCCUGGAGGACGCACUGCGCACGUCAGCACAUUCCGCGGAGGAGGCGCCGCCCAAGAGGCCUGCCGGCAAACACGGCAGAGUGAGUGUUGAAAAGAUAGACCUGAAGGGAUUAUCACACACAAAAAAUGACAGGAAUGUUGAAUGUUCCUUUGAGGUCCUGUGGUCUGAUUCUUCAGUAACGUCAGUAACCAAAUCUUCCUCUGAAGUGACUGACUUUAUUUCAAAGCUAUCUCAGCUCUACCCCGAGGAGAAUUUGGAGAAGCUCAUUCCUUGCUUAGCCGGUCCAGAUUCGUUCUAUGUAGAGCGGAACCACAUGGACCUAGAAGCCGGCCUGCGGUAUUUGGCUUCACUACCUUCUCAUAUAUUGAAAAAUGAUCACGUAAAGAAAUUUUUCAGCACGUCAUCUCCCACCCAACAGCUUCAAAGUCCAAGUCCUGGCAGCCCCUCCCUUUCUAAAGUAGGUGCCGUGGUGGGCGUGUCUGGAAGGCCUGUGUGUGGAGUAGCCGGCAUCCCGUCUUCUCAGAGUGGGGCCCCACACCACGUGCAGCACGCGGCCAACACAGCGGCCACACUGCCCCACUGCUCCCACGCAGGGGGCACGGGCUCGGCCCUGGCCUACCGCGGCCAGGUAGAGACCUCGCCUGCCAUGCUGAUGCCCUCCGGCCUGCAGGCGCCGCAGACCCAGGAGCAGAACGGGAUUUUAGACUGGCUUCGGAAGCUGCGUUUGCACAAGUACUACCCGGUCUUCAAACAGCUCACCAUGGAGAAGUUUCUGAGCCUUACUGAGGAAGAUCUGAAUAAAUUUGAGUCGCUCACCAUGGGGGCCAAGAAGAAACUGAAGACCCAGCUGGAGUUGGAAAAGGAGAAAUCCGAGAGACGGUGCCUGAAUCCCUCAGCCCCGUCCUUGGCCACCAGCAGUGGGGUGGCUCGAGUGCCCCCCACCAGCCACGUUGGGCCAGUACAGAGUGGGCGAGGCAGCCAUGCUGCAGAGCUGCGGGUGGAAGUGGAGCAGCCCCCUCACCAGCUGCCUCGGGAGGGCAGCUCCUCGGACUACUCCAGCUCCUCCUCCAGCCCCAUGGGGGUGCAGGCCCGUGAAGAGAGCUCGGACAGUGCCGAGGAGAGCGACAGACGCCUGGAGGUGCACCUGGAGGGGCCCGAGAAGGAGAAGCCCGUGAUGCUCCUGAACCACUUCACUUCAAGCUCGGCCAGGCCCACCGCCCAGGUCCUCCCUGUUCAGAAUGAGGCCGGCUCCACCCCUGCCGGCCACCACCCCCUGCCCCCGCAGAUGCUGCCGGCCUCGCACGUCGCGCCCAUCCGGAUGCUAAGCUCCAUGCACAAACCGGAGAGGGGGAGCGCCGACAUGAAGCUCCUCUCGUCUUCUAUGCACUCGCUUUUGUCCCUCGAGGAGAGGAACAAGGGGCCUGGACCAAGAAGCAGCGUUAAGGUGGACAAGAGCUUCGGCACCACCAUGGUGGACGUGCUGCCCACGCCCCACCCACCCGUGCAGGUCCUCUCUGGACUUUCGGAGAGUAGUUCCAUGUCGCCCACAGUCUCCUUCGGUCCCCGGGCCAAAGUUGUGCACGCAUCCACGCUGGACAGGGUGCUGAAGACGGCACAGCAGCCAGCCCUGGCAGCCGAGAGCAGCACGGCCGGGGCGGGGGCGCCCAGCACGGUCUUGCACGUGGCUCGGCCACCCAUCAAGCUGCUGCUGUCACCGUCUGUCCCUGCGGAUCCCGCCAUCUCUGGGCCAACUUCCUGUCCUAAUAACGUGCAAAUAAGUGUGCCCCCUGCAAUAAUCAACCCCCGGACUGCUCUGUACACAGCCAACACCAAAGUUGCCUUCUCUGCAGUGAGCAGUAUGCCAGUGGGCCCCCUGCAGGGCAGCUUCUGUGCGAACAGCAACACUGCCUCAUCCAGCAGCCACCCUUCCACAUCAUUUGCCAACCUGGCCACCCUGCCCAGCUGCCCGGCCCCCAGCUCCAGCCCUGCACUCGCCUCCGUCCCUGAAAGCAGCUUCUACAGCAGCAGCGGUGGCGGCAGCUCCACAG